AUGGUGAACAUUACGGAGAAGAUUAAGGAGAUCGAGGAUGAGAUGCGGAGGACGCAGAAGAACAAGGCGACAGAAUAUCAUCUUGGUCUAUUGAAAGGAAAACUCGCCCGCUUAAGAGCGCAACUCCUCGAACCAGCAGCCGGCGCAGGUGCAGGCGGCGGCACAGGGUUUGACGUGAGCAAAAGCGGCGAUGCGCGCGUGGCACUCGUCGGAUUCCCAUCUGUCGGCAAAUCCACGUUCUUGUCCAAGAUCACCAAGACCAAGAGUGAGGCUGCGUCGUACUCAUUCACCACGCUGACUGCCAUCCCCGGUGUGCUUGAGUAUGGCGGGGCUGAGAUCCAGAUUCUGGAUCUGCCGGGUAUUAUUGAAGGUGCCGCCGAGGGGAAGGGUCGUGGGCGGCAGGUUAUCUCUGCCGCGAAGACUAGUGAUCUCAUCCUGAUGAUUCUGGAUGCUACUAAGCGCGCAGAGCAGCGGGCUCUGCUGGAGGCGGAGUUGGAUGCUGUUGGGAUUCGACUGAACAAAGAGCCUCCGUACGUUUUAUUUCACCCGACUCUUUUUCUGGUAUAUGCAGAAGCUGACAUACUGCGCAGGAACAUUUAUCUCAAGCAGAAAAAGGCCGGCGGCAUGAAAAUUACUUUCCAGACCCCGCCCAAAAACCUGGACGAGAAAAUGAUCUACAAUGUUCUCCGCGAUUACAAGAUGCUCAACUGUGAGGUUCUGGUGCGAGAUGAGAACGGUAUGUCAUUGCCCAUCUGGUUACUGUCUCAGACAUUAAUAUUGACCAUGUUCCCCGCAGCUACAAUUGAUGAUUUCAUCGACGUGAUCAUGAAGGAUCACCGAAAAUACAUCCGCUGCCUCUACGUCUACAACAAGAUCGACAGCGUCAGUCUCGAGUUCCUGGACCAACUAGCCCGCGAGCCGUACACGGCCGUCAUGAGCUGUGAGCUCGAUCUCGGUGUACAGGAGGUGGUUGAGAGGAUCUGGAAGGAGCUGCGUCUGAUGCGGCUGUACACGAAGCGGAAAGGAGAAGAGCCUGGCUUCGACGAAGCCCUGAUUGUUCGCAGCAACUCCUCAAUCGAGGACGUGUGCGAUCAGAUCCAUCGCACGCUGAAGGAUACCUUCAAGUAUGCGCUUGUGUGGGGGGCGAGUGCGCGACAUGUGCCGCAGCGGGUGGGAUUGGGCCACAUCGUGGCGGAUGAGGAUGUGGUUUCUAUCGUAGCGAAAUAG